UUCAGAAACUAUGUAGAAUGUUCUGAAAAGAAGGAAUAACAAAGCUGUGAAUUAUAAAUAAGAAAAAAAACAGUUUAAAAAAAACUAUAGUUUUAUUUGAUCAUGAAAUCUGGAAAGAAAAUCUAAUCCCAAAAUUAUGUCUUCUAAUCGGAAAAGUUGGAUAAAUUUCUUUUAAUUUCCGUUCACUAUCGAUACUCUCCAACAGAGAAAAAUUGAGAGAUUAGAGGAAGGAGUAGAUCAGUCCACCCCAGCAUUAAUCUUAAAUUUCAAUUCGUUUCUUGUCAUUCUUAAAGAAGAAAAACCUUGAAUACAGAGAAUGGAGAAAAGUGUGAUGUCUGAUCCACCGAGUGGAUCCUUGGCACAAUCAGAACCUUCUACCAGCUCCUACCUAAUUCCGGAAACGCCAACUCAAAACCCGUCUCCUACUGUGCAAUUUAACUCCUUGAAACCUAAGGGAGAACCUAAACUAUCCCGAGCUCCAACCCUGGACUCAAAACCCGUAGAGAAGAACGGUGUGAACUGUUCUAAACAGGGUGUCAAGAAAAAUGGGACGGAAGAUUUAAAAAUAAAUCGUCAGGAAACAAGCGGAGUGGGAGGCCAGGGUGUUGUGAAGACAGGGGGGCCAGGGGAAAAUGGGUCCGACCCCCUGGCUAUCCACAGGGGGGCAGGGAUGAAAAGAAGUUCAAGUGAAAAUGCCACAAACUUUACUCGAGAUCUUGAAAUAUCAGUAGAUCCGGAUCAACAUGUGAUCAAACCCUGGAAACAAAGAUUUAGUUUUAGACAACCCCGGAGACAGAACACCACGGAUACUAUUCAGUCUCCUGUGGGUAGUCGGAAGGAUUGCCAAAGAUCUGCAAGUAUGAGGAAUUCAUUACGGAACUCAAGUGCUAAAUCAUCAACCAAUCAGAUAUCAGAGAACGGUGGACAGGUUGUUAAGAAAUCUAACUGGGAAGUAAUAGAACAUUACAACCCGAAGGGAGGGCUCACCGGAGUACCAUCCAGCCAAACACGGGUUAUUGAUGGAGAUCCUGAUCCUGAUGAAGAGGAUGAGGUUGAGAGUAUUCUCCUUGAACCAACCCAUAAAUGGUGGAAUCUCUGGGCUCUGUUCAAGAGGGUUUUCAGAUCUCACAGAUUCAAGAACGUGCAUGUUGAGGUGCUAUAUCAACGAUAUUUCCUGAGGAUGAAUCAGAACAACAUGACCUCCCUCCUCAUCCUCCUCGUCCUCAUCUCCCUCACUCUCAUAGUUGUCAACUACGCUGUCUCGUCAGCAGAUUCAAUUAUGCAGGGUGUGACUUUGGGGGUGUUCUCCAUCAUGUACUUGAUCCUAGUGAUCUUGAUGUUCAGAAGCUUUUUGAAUGAGGUUUAUCUCAUCAUAUUCUCAUAUAUACUCCUAGCAUCCUUCUUCGGGAUAGAGGUGUUGAUAGUACUAGACGCUGAUCCUAGAUCAGCCAAUGCAGGAGUGUGGUGUACAAUGUUCUUUAUCUACAUGACCUAUACUCUCCUUGCUCUACAUGUCGAGGAGUGUACAGUUUCAGGACUUCUCCUAGGGUUUACUCAGAUUGCUUGCGCUGCUGGAUUAAACUAUACUGAUCCUUUCCUGCUUAAACAGAUGGGUGGGAACACUAUGCUGUUCCUGUGUACUAACCUAGCGGGUGUGUUGACCCACUACCCUAGCGAGGUUGCUAAAAGGCAAGCAUUUAUGGAAACAAGGCAGUGUAUCGAAGCAAGGCUGACCACACAGCGAGAGAACCAGCAGCAGGAACGGUUACUUCUCUCCGUCCUAACUCUAACUAGAGAUUAUAUACUGUUUGCUGAUAUUUGCGGAUUUACUGUAUUGUCAGCUCAAUGUACUGCAGAGGAACUUAUCAGACUUCUUAACGAACUGUUUGCCAGGUUUGACAAGCUGGCGAAUGAGCAUCACUGUUUGAGAAUAAAACUGCUGGGAGACUGCUACUAUUGCGUAUGCGGAAUACCGGAUCCUCGUCCUGAUCAUGCGCACUGCUGCGUAGAACUUGGAGUCGAUAUGAUUGACGCUAUUGCACUGGUUCGUGAGGUGACUGGUGUGAAUGUAAACAUGAGGGUUGGAAUACAUACAGGACGUGUACACUGCGGUGUCCUAGGAUUACGAAAAUGGCAGUUUGAUGUUUGGUCCAACGAUGUAACUCUAGCAAACUAUAUGGAGAGUGCUGGGAUUCCAGGGAGGAUCCAUAUAACCCGUGAGACCUUGAUGUACCUGAACGGAGAUUACGAGGUUGAGGACGGAAACGGAGCGGAGAGACACGGAUAUCUCAAGGAGCACAAUAUAAAAACCUACCUAAUUGUACCCCCAGACCAGUUCACAAACCCGGCUAAACAGAAGCAUGUGAUUGUGAGGAAUGGAAAAGUUAUCCUUGGUACAGAGAUCAGUAAGGAGCUACGGAUGAUGGGACAUGGAGAACACGCUCAAACCGGGAUUAAAACCAAGUUGGGUAUAGGACCGAGUAAGGAAGAGGAAGAAAGGAAUACUGAAGAGGAAGUGAAUGAUUACCUAGCUCGAGCUAUUGAUGCAAGAAGUAUUGAUAGGUUGCGCUCAGAACACUGCACCAGGUUCUUUCUAUCUUUCAGAGAUAAAGAAAUAGAGGAGAGGUAUAGUAAACAGAGGGAUAAGAUGCUCGAAUCCUACUUUAUCUGCUCAAUCAUCAUAUAUCUUAGUCUCUACGUAAUCCAGAUCAUAGCUCUACCAACGAUCAUAGCUCUACCAACGACGGAUAACAGAACAAAAGUUUUCAGUAUCUCUGGAACAAUCAUUGUUCUUGUAACUGCAGUGAUUAUUGUUGACAAGUGGACUUCAGCCCCCAAACUUAUCUCCAGAUUUUGUAACUUUUUCUCAUCCUCCCGGAUCUUGGUUCAACUGCUAGGGAUCAUCAACGUUGCAGCACUGUUUGCUUGUGUUAUCAUACCCACGUUGGACCUGGAUACUGAUCGAAUAGAUGACUGUUUGGACGAGAGGUACAACAAGUCUAACCUGACCCUGGAGCUGUGUGAAACUAGAAACUCUACCUACCUGAAGAAUAUUCUAGAGAAUCUAGGAAUAGAAUACGGAGAUGAAUCUACAACUAGAGAAGCUUGUGGUAUGCAGUACUCUACACAUUUCCCUGAGUACAUGAUGUACUCUAUGCUACUGGUUCUUAUCUCAUGCGCUGUGUUCCAGAUGAUUAUCAGUGCUAUGAAGAUGGUUGUUCUGACUGCUCUCUCAGUUACCUAUCUGUGUUUCCUGUUCCUCUCAUUCCCAGACCUUUACGAUAAUCAGGACUUCCUUAAACUUGAUUUCCUGUGGAAAUUACAAGCUACUGAGGAGAAGGAGGAAAUGGAACAUUUACAGGCGUACAACAAGAAGCUGCUCUCUAAUAUUCUACCUGUACAUGUUGCUGAAUUCUUUAUGUCCGGAGACAAAAACAAUGAUGAGUUAUACCACGAGCAAUGUGACAGUGGCUGCAUUCUCUUCGCUUCUAUUCCAAACUUCUCCGAGUUCUAUGUUGAGCUUGAGUCUAACAACGAGGGGGUGGAGUGCCUCAGGCUCCUCAACGAGAUCAUCGCUGACUUCGACGAGAUCCUGGAGGAGGAAGCGUUUAAAUGCAUUGAGAAGAUAAAAUCCACCGGAGCAACUUAUAUGGCCGCGUCAGGUCUAGCUGAUCAAGUGUGCACUGUAAACAAUAUGCAUGUAGACGCUAUGGCAAAAUAUGCUCUACGGAUCCGGCAGCAGCUUAACUACGUGAACGAGCACUCCUUCAACAACUUCAAGAUCAGGAUCGGGAUCAAUAUCGGACCCAUCGUUGCCGGAGUUAUCGGAGCCAAGAAACCUCAAUACGAUAUUUGGGGGAACGCGGUGAAUGUUGCAAGCAGGAUGGAUUCAACAGGUGUUACUGGCAAAAUACAGGUGACUCAGGAGAUAGCAAAUAUUCUCCGACCUAAAGGGUAUACACUCAUCUGCAGAGGAACUAUACCUGUCAAGGGAAAGGGAGAGAUGAUCACUUACUUUCUCGAGGAUCAAACAGGUCCUUGAAGGAUCAAACAGGUCCUUGAAGGAUCAAACAGGUCCUUGAAGAAUCAACAGGCCUUGAACGAUCAAACAGUUCCAUGAAGGAUCAAACAGGUCCUUGAAGGAUCAACAGGUCCUUGUAGGGUCAUGUAUGUCCUUAAAAAUCAAACAGAUCCUUGUAGGAUCAAACAGGCUCUUAAAGGAUCCGACAGGUCCUUGACGAAUCAAAUAGUACCUCAAAUGGAUCAAAAAAGGAACAUGAAUGAACAAUUAAAGAUCCCAAAGGAAUAGGUCACUAAAGCUCAAAAUAUACUUUUGUCCAAUUCGAGUAGAAACUCUAGCUCAAACCAGAGCUUUGAGCCAGGACUACAAAAUACUAAUUCAAGAUCAGGAGUAAGCUCAGAAUUAUAUGUUAAAUCUCAGCAUGGGAAUUUAAAAAAUUUAUAAAACUUGUAAAAAUCAGCCCACGUCAUUGGAGAGUGUCAUUUUUCAAAUGAUAGUUUAUUUUCAAUUUCAAAUAUUUUAUUUUCAGCUUAAGUCGAAUCAAAUACCUUAAUAUGGUAUCAUUUUAAUCUAUAAUUUAAAAAGAGGAGAAUAAGAAUAUGAGGAAAAAGAGAAGGAAGAAAAAAAAUUUUUUUUUAAGAAGCAAGGAAAGAAAGAAACAAA